AUUUCGGGUAUAUAAGUUCGUGCAAAUGCUGCAGUGGGCAUCAGUCAAGUUCUUCAGAACAAGCAGCUCGUUACAACCCAAUCAAAAUGUUCAAAUUCUUCGCUCUGUGCCUGUUCGCCGUCGUCGCUUGCGUCGCCGCCAAGCCCGCUAUUGUUGCUGCACCACUGGCCUACAGCGCCUACACCGCUGCCGCACCCGUCGCCUACACCGCGCCCUACACCGCCGCCUACACCGCUGCCGCCGCCUAUCCCUACUCCGCCUACCCCUAUGCUGCUGCCUACUCUGCAUAUCCUUAUGCCGCCUACUACCGUUAAGCAUGGAUGACGACUUGGCCAUUCGAUCUGGAUCCUCGACUCGCGCAAUUUAUGUUUCCUCGAGCAAUCCUUAGACUCUUCUUCUACUCGGUUUUUGUUUCGCCUUUUUGGCUUUUCGUCUUUUGAGUUUAUAGUAUUAUUUAAUGAUGGUUAGAGUGAAAAUAUUAUUGUUGAAUUAAAUGCAUUUUGCGUAAAACGUAACACA